AUGGAGUCGUCGCCCACAUGCUUACUGGAAGAUACCAGUUUUCUGAGAGAUGAAGAGGAGGAGGAAGACUGGGAUGAGGAAGAGGAUGAAGGUGAUUUACCUACAGAAGAGGAGGACACCGUCCAGAAGCAACAAAAGCCAAGCUGGGCACCUUGUUUCUUUCAUUAUGCAGGAAAAGAGAUUUACAGCUAUGUUGGCCAGAGAAUCGUCAUUGAGGAGGCUUUUGACUCCUAUGCAGGCAUGAUAUGGCCAGCGGCUUUGUCUCUCUGCCACUACCUGGACACUCACCGUGAACAGCUGAACCUUGUGGAUAAAAGCGUCCUGGAGAUUGGAGCCGGGACCGGCCUUGUGUCUAUUGUCGCGGCACUCCUCGGCGGUUGGGUCACAGCCACAGACCUUCCGGAGGUCCUGGGCAACCUGAGAGCCAACCUGUUCAGGAACACCAGGGGCCGCUGCAGAUACACGCCCCAGGUGGCAGCUCUGUCCUGGGGCUACGACCUGGAGGACACCUAUCCGUCGUCCGUCUACCGCUACGACUACGUGCUGGCGGCGGAUGUGGUCUACCACCACGACUACCUGGACGAGCUCCUGGCCACCAUGAAGCAUUUCUGCAAACCGGGAACGACCCUGAUCUGGGCCAACAAGGUCAGGUUCGGGACCGAUCUGAGCUUCACUGACAACUUUAAAAAGGCCUUCAAAACCAGUUUAUUGGUGGAGGAUGGAGAGCUGAAGAUCUUUAUGGCCACUAGUCGGGGGGAGGAGGAGGAGGAAGAUGGCACGGAGUGUGGAAUACCCGUUCCUCUGACAGGCGAGGAAGGAAAAGAAGAAGAUGCCGAGGAUGAGAAGAACAAAGAAGAGCUUGUCCAGCAGGAACACAGUGAGACUGAGAUGGACGUCAGUCAGGACAGAGGAAAAGAAGAAGAACCAGAGGGAGAGGAAAGUCUUCAGCAUGGUGGAGAGGAGGAGCUGAAGCAGGCAGUGGGCGUCAAAAAUGCUAGCGACAUAAAGGGCGAUCCAGAGGAUUCUGCCUCAAGUGAUGAAAACAUGGCAGAACAGAAUCUUGUAGCGCCGAGCUGGACUCCCAGCAUCUCACGCAGCCUGAAUCAAGACAUGUACCACUACGCAGGACAGGACAUCCUCAUUCACGAGUCCAUAGACUCCUACGGAGCAGUGAUGUGGCCUGCUGCGCUGGCUCUGUGCUCCUUUCUGGAGAACAACAGGCACACGGUGGACCUGGAAGGGAAGGAGGUGCUGGAGCUGGGAGCAGGGACGGGGCUGGUGACCAUCGUGGCCAGUCUGCUGGGUGCUGCAGUCACGGCCACAGACUUACCAGACGUGUUGAGUAACCUCCGGGCCAACGUGAUGAGGAACACCAGGGGCCGCUGCAGACACACCCCCCGGAUGGAGGUUCUGUCCUGGGGCUACGACCUGGAGCGCACCCACCCGUCGUCCGUCUACCGCUACGACUACGUGCUGGCGGCGGAUGUGGUCUACCACCAUGACUACCUGGACGAGCUCCUGGCCACCAUGAAGCAUUUCUGCGGACCGGACACGACCCUGAUCUGGGCCAACAAGGUCCGGUUUAAAACUGACCUGACCUUCACCGACAACUUCACAAAGACUUUUAACACGAGCCUAUUGGUGGAGGAUGGAGAGAUGAAGAUCUUCAUGGCGACAAGCAGAGAGACGAGGCAGAGGAGAAACGACAGUUUAUAG